AUGACAUCAUGGGAUUACUGGUGUGGCGGAGUUGAAGCGGCUCCACUUUUCAGGUGGACACACGAGGCUCAGAGAAAGGACACUCCUCACUGGGGUUCUAGUGGAGGGCCCUGGGACUCUUGCCCACCUCCUUGUUCUUCCUCACACGUGCCCUUCCCCUCUUACAGCCAGAAGCUACAAGGUGAAUACUUCAGGUACAAAGGCAUCCCCUUUCCAGUCGGCAUGUACUCACCUGAGAGCCUCAGUCUGGCCGAGAAUACUAACAACGUGCGGGACGAUGACAUCUUCAUUGUCACCUACCCCAAAUCAGGUACCAACUGGAUGAUUGAGAUCGUCUGCUUAAUCCUGAAAGAUGGGGAUCCCUCGUGGAUCCGUUCGGAGCCCAUCUGGCAACGUGCGCCUUGGUGCGAGACCAUCAUAAGCGCCUUCAGCCUUUCAGACCGGCCCAGCCCCCGCAUCAUGAGCUCCCACCUCCCUAUUGAACUGUUCACUAAGGCCUUCUUCAGCUCCAAGGCUAAGGUGAUUUACUUGGGCCGGAACCCCCGGGACGUCGUGGUCUCCCUCUAUUAUUACUCUAAGAUUGCUGGGCAAUUAAAGGACCCUGGUAAACCCGACCAGUUCCUUCAAAAUUUCCUCAAAGGAGAAGUGCAGUUUGGCUCCUGGUUUGACCACAUCAAGGGCUGGAUCCGGAUGCAGAACCAAGAGAACUUCCUGUUUAUCACCUACGAGGAGCUGCAGCAGGACCUGCGAGGCUCCGUGCAACGCAUCUGUGAGUUCCUGGGCCGGCCACUGGGUGAAGAGGCCCUGAGCUCUGUGGUGGCCCAUUCAGCCUUUUCGGCCAUGAAGGCCAAUACCAUGUCCAACUACACGCUGCUGCCGGCCAGCCUGCUGGACCACCGCCAGGGGGCGUUCCUGCGCAAAGGGAUCAGUGGCGACUGGAAGAACCACUUCACUGUGGCGCAGAGUGAGGCUUUUGACCGUGUCUACCGAGAGCAAAUGCAUGGGAUGCCAAGCUUCCCCUGGGACACAUCUGAAGAGGACAGCAGCCCUGAUGGCGAGCCUGACCCUGAGCCCAGCCCCAGCCCUAGCGUAGCCUCUGAUGACCCCAGCCCAGGAUCCUCAUAAUAAACUUGUCACUCUAACCA